CCUCCUUUUUUUUCUCUAUGGCGACCACCAUUCUUUAUCCGCCUUGCGCCAUACAGGUAUAGGUAUUCUAAGAAAAUCAACUUGUUUUCAAUUUCAAGUUAAAAAAAUUGUUAAUUCCACAAUUCGAAGUGCAGUGUGCUCAAAAAUCCUACGAAUUUCCCAACAUAUGUCAGUGUUUGUGUUACGUCACUCCGUUCCCAAAAUUCAGAUGGCAACUUCUAAAGCCCUACCUUUCGUCGCCAUUUGGAUCGUUUUUCAGUUCUUACGAUAACCUAAUGUAACCUAACCUAACCACCUAAGGGAUGUCUUACGUGAUGUAACGUAUCCUUGAGACCCAUUAGUCAGGUCGUGAAGCUAUCUAACUGAUGUCCUGAUACGUUACGUUACGUCUUUCAGGCUUGUGGGGUAGGAUAUCUCAAGUCUUUGUGGGUGAGGCUCAAUUAAAUUCUCAUCUGUUCUGACAUAAGCUAUGUAUGGAUUUGAAACGUAUGCUGAGAAAACGUAGCAGCAAACUAUCAUCAAUAAUGGAUAUGAUGUUCGAGGCGUAUUUGACACACGAAUCAGGUCAUUUGGAGCCAGAUGAUAUUCCGAAAAACGCACAGGGACCAGUUUGGAUCCUUGGAGUGGAGUACUGCCAUCGAGACUUAGAAAAAAUCAGGCGGGAUGUUAAAUCAAGGCUCUGGUUCUCUUAUCGAAGAGGUUUUGUGUCUAUUGGAAAUUCUGGGUUGACAUCUGACAAGGGAUGGGGCUGUAUGCUCAGAUGUGGGCAGAUGGUCAUAGCACAAGCAUUACUAUUCUUGCAUUUAGGAAGAGAAUGGUGCUGGAGUCCAAACAAACGAGACAGAGAUUACCUGCGGAUAUUACAGAUGUUUGAGGAUGUGCACAGUGCUCCAUAUUCAAUUCAUCAGAUAGCUAUAUCAGGUCUUGACGAAGGGAAGCAAGUAGGAGAAUGGUUUGGGCCGAACACGAUAGCUCAAGUUUUGAAGAAAUUGUCAGUGAAUGAUGAAUGGAGUUCCAUAGCAUUUCAUGUAGCUUUGGACAAUGCCUUAGUUAUCAAUGAUGUCAGAAGACUAUGUGUUAAUAGUGGUCGAAGAACAAAUAGAGGAGACAGGAAAUCAUCAACCCGUUGGAAACCUCUCAUCCUAAUAAUACCUCUUAGACUUGGUAUAGCAGAAAUAAAUCCUGUCUAUGUACAAGGCGUAAAGACCUGCUUCACUUUCCGGCAGUCAUUAGGAGUCAUAGGUGGUAAACCAAAUCAUGCCUUAUAUUUCAUUGGUUGCGUAGGAAACGAUGUGAUAUUUCUAGACCCGCACACAACUCAACCUGUGGGAUUUGUUCAGAGCAAAGAACAAGAGCAUGAGAAGAAAGUAGAUUGCACCUACCACUGCAAGCAUGCUAGUCGCCUUCCAAUUCUUCAUAUGGAUCCAUCUGUAGCUGUUUGUUUCUUCUGUAAGGAAGAAAAAGAUUUUGACAAUCUUUGUCAAGAAAUAAGGAUGAAACUAAUCAUCCCUGAAAAACAACAUUUAUUUGAGCUCUUUGAUGAAAAACCUCAAAGUUGGGUUCCUCCUGAUGGCAGUGCAGAAGAAGCUUUACGGGCUGUAGGAGAUUUUGAAUAUUCCAGUAAUACAGAUGACUCGGAUGAUGAUUUUGAACUCCUUGGAUGAGUGAUUUAUGUGAGCUCUCAGGUUAAAUAGUAACCAUUGCUACAACGCCAUUCGCUUUCGAUAACGGGGACGUUUUUUGUGGUUGUACAGAACACACCAAAGGAGUUUGGUUUUUUUUUUCAAUUAUUAUUUAUUUUCAUUCAAUCUAAGUUAGCUUGUCUUUUUUUGAAUCCCUUCAUAGAUGCACCUCUUGAUUCAUAUGUUGUUGCUCUUGGUACGAGAUUUCAAGUUUUCAAUCAGCAAAAGAGUAGGCUGGAUGUCUCAGAAGCUGUACAUAAGACAAAGAAAAAGAUGCAUCUUCAUUUAUUUAUGAAACUACAUGUUAAAAGAUCUUCUAUCUAUUAAAUUGGUUGAAUUUACUUUUUUGCACAAUCCAAUUUAUGAAGAAAGGAGCUUGAGGUUUCUGGAAUCAAUCAGAAGUAUGACAAACAUUUUCAGGUCUUGGGUCUUAACAGUGAGCUUUUUGACUUAUUCAUCAUUUCUUAUUUUAUAAUUUUUUGCACAAUAUCACUGAGUCUCUAUAGCUUAAUAUAAAAAAAAAAUUAGGACUAUUUACUUGACGUGUAAACAAAAACCUCAAGAACUCCGUGGCACUGUAAGUAGCGUGCAUACAACUUUGAUCCCUCCAAAAAAAGUUAUAAUUUUAAGGGUCUCGAGAAAAGGAACAUUUCCUCUUGCAUUCACAUUUUUCAACCCUACCGUCUACAAGACAGUGUUCUUAAAAGUUCUUUGUGUGAGAAAUCCUAAAAAAGCUGCUAACUAAGCUAACUGCACUUUUUAUGACUUUUUUACAUGGUUUUUAGUGUUCUUCUGAAAUCUGUCCACAUUUAUCGAUUAUUCAAUUGAAAAUUCCUAAUUUCAAUGUCCAUAAAACUAGUAACUCUA